AGGUUUGCUGAUGGCAGACAUUACCGUCUGAAUCUUCAGCUAUAAGGAGUGGAAGAUGGAUCUUUAUUGAGAUGGGUGGGUUGGUGGGGAGGUAGAUUGCUCGUUGAUGUCAAAAGCAAUUUUAUUGCAAUCGUAAAUCUAUCUAGUGUUGAUUUAUGUUCUCCCCUAUCCUGUGUGGAGCACUAUCGUUCAAAAUCUCACACCCAAGAUUGUGACAGCACCAAAGUGAUUUCAACUUUCCCCUCAAGAUCGAGAAGGAACAUAAAUAAGUUGCUGGAAAAACUCAGCAGGUCUGGCAGCAUCUGUGCAGAGAAAUCAAAGUUAACGUUUCGGGACUGAUGACUCAUUCUCUGUAGCGAAGGAAAGUGUGUUCUACGGAGUAUAAACCAACUGUUGACGAGUAUUUAUCGUCUUCCAGUUCUAAGUGUUAAUAAAAAGCAGCAACAAAUGGCUUUAGAAAAACUGGAAGGAGUAAUUGAGCGAUGUCGUGGUCUACCUGAAAAGGAAUUUAAAGAAGAAGAUCACAUCAUUUUUCAGUCAGCAUCCUGUCAAUGCCUGGAAGAAGGGCAAGCAACUAGACUUUUGGAAAUUCUACAAGAUGAGAAAAACAAGGAUUUUGUUAUCUGCAUGGGCUGGAAUUUUGUUGGUCCUAUUGUCAGUUCUGCUUUGAAAGACCAGCAAGAAACUGAGCACAAGGAAAGCUGCUUAAAAAUACUCAACCAUGUAGUACAGAUAAGUAACCCAAAGGAGCUUCUAGUGGGUUUAUUUGAACAGAUUGAGGAGGCUGUUGGAAAUAACAUAGCCAAAACAAUCCUAUUACUCCUGCAGCCACUUCAGAGAGUACUGUUAAAGAUGGAACAUAAAAAGGCAUAUUCUGUGGGGCUAUCUCUUGCAACUAUUCAUAGCCAACUCUCCAAACUACCUGUACCUUAUUCAAAUGAGCAACGUAAACAGGAUGAAUAUGGACUUUGCAAGUGUUGCAUGGCUGUAACCUCUUUUAUUAAACCAUUUGUGGAUGAAGUGAGUCACACAACAGAAUCUGAGGGAAACCCUUUCCGUAAUGAGCUAAAGGAUGAACUACUGAAAUUUUGCAUGAAAAGUUUGGAAUACCCACUGCUGACAGCACAGUUACGUCCAUUAACUGAAGAGAUUGAGGACAACUCGUUGAGAACUUUUGCUGCUGAAAUUGUGGUUUACCUAUUAGCAAUGGGUGAGUCGCUUCCUGUGUUGAUGGCUCAUCAGUUGCUACUAUCCAGAAAAACAUUGCAAGAGAUUGACCCUCUAAAGGAAGAUGUGAAAUACCCUACAGAUUCGCUGGCAAGCUUGGCAUAUCUUCUAUUUGUUCAGCAUAUUGGCAUUGAUCAAUUUCCAGCUAUAUACAGUCCUGGAUACCUGCUUCUAUUUAAUAUGGAAUAUAUAGCUGCACUAAUUAGCAAGACAGAAGAGUCCAUUUUGUCUAAAGGUCUGGAAUUAUUUGAACAUUGCUUAUUAACAAUUGAAGAUAAUCAUCUCUCUCAUAAGUAUUUGGAAAUGAAGAGUAUUCUUAGUGUUCCUCAGGAUUUAGUGAAGGUGAUGACUCUCUGUCCCAUUGAACAUUUGCGAAAAUGGAGCCUAAAGAUAUUUCAGCAGUACAUAGACAAGUUUGAUCCAGAAGGAAAAUACAAAUUAUUUAGGUGCCUGUUUAAAACUAGCCAACAUGCUGGCGUACAAGGUUAUGUUAUACAAAAUCUUAAAAAUCAGAUUGACCUAGCAUUGAAGCCUGGCAAUGAAAAUGUGUGGUUCUCAGGCCCACAAUUGAUUCCUUUACUUCAUUCAGUCCUUUCACUUCCUGAAGGAGCAGAAACAGACUUGCUUCAAAACUCCGAUAGGAUCAUGGCAUCGCUGAAUCUUCUAAGGUACCUUGUAAUUAGGGAUAAUGAGUGGGAGAAUCAAACUGGAUUAUGGACUAAUCUUUUCUGGAUUGAUAGCUUCCUGAAACCACUGCGCACUGCUUUGAAUAUGUCUAGGGCUCAUUAUGAAGCAGAGAUGAGAAACAAAAGAGAGAACCAGAAAACCAAAGAUACCGUUGAAUGUGAAAUGCAAUGUUCGUUGACAGUUGGUGGUAAAAAGUUACCAAAAAUGACCACAGCUAUGCAGUUGGAGGUUCUGCAGUCAGCUAUCUACACAUUUGAUGUAAUGGAAAGUGUACAAGCACGCAUAGAGGAGCUAGUUGAGGCAAAGAUGAAAUCCCGAGCAGAAGAGAAAAAUGUGGCUUCAUCGUUUAUUUAGGGAACAGUGUGAAAAUUGGAAGAAUAUAAUUUCUGACUUCCUAGUCUCAACUAGAGGAAUUCACUUUAAAUGCUCCUCUUCAAGCCAGUCUUUAUGCAGGAUAAUUUCAAAUACUUUCAUCAGGUAUUCAUAUUAAAGAGACUACACAGAUGAGGUCAUAGUAUACAAAUGUAUUUGAAGUUUGAGAAGAAUUUUCAGUUUUAUUUGUCACUGCUUAAGUUUCUAAUGAUUACAAUGAACACCUGCGGGUAGUUAAGAAUUAAUGACGAAAUGAUGUUUGUAAAUAAAAGAGCCACAUAGAACUACUUAAAUAUCAUGUUUCAUAUGUAGGCAAUGGGAGCUAUUCUCACCAAAUAAUAGAGACAGGAGAGAAAAAUAUCUUGAAAACUUAUUGAUUAAUUUAUUCAGAAAAUGUGCAGUCCCAGACUUUUUGGUUGGUAGCAAAGUGAUGAGACUCACCAUAGACUUCGAAGAAAAGGUUUUAGAUUAGAUUAGAUUCCCUACAGUGUGGAAACGGGCUAUUUAGCCCAACAAGUCCACACUGACCCUCC